AUGUCUGCUCAACUUGACAUCGCGGCCGUGAGGGCCAAGUUCCCAGCUCUAGCUCAGGACCAAGUCUUUUUCGACAACGCAGGUGGAAGUCAGACCCUAGGCACGGUCAUCGAUUCCAUCCGGGACUAUCUGUCACAGACCAACGUCCAGCUAGGCGCCUCAUACAAAGUCGGCCAGCUGGCCACGGCCUCGUACGGCGAGGGCUACCAGGCCGGCGCAAAGUACAUCAAUGCGUCCCCUGAUGAGAUCGUCUUUGGUGCCUCGACGACCCAGCUUUUCCGCAACCUUUCCCAUGCCCUCUCUUUUGACAAGGGCGACGAAAUCAUCGUCUCCGCAGUCGACCACGAAGCCAACAUCGCCUCGUGGAUCGAUCUCGCCUCGCGCCAGGACCUCACCCUGAAAUGGUGGAAGCCCGCCGACGCACCUAACCCGAAGCUCACCGUCGAGAACCUCAAGCCCCUGCUCUCGGAAAAGACCCGCCUCGUGACCCUCACCCACGCUAGCAACAUCCUCGGCACGAUCCACGACGUUGCUGCCGUCGCCGCCGCCGUCCACAAGGAGACGCCCAAGGGCCUUGUGUGCGUUGACGGCGUAGCCUACGCCCCGCAUCGGCCCCUGGAUGUCCAGGCCCUCGGCGUCGACUUCUACGCCUUCUCGUGGUACAAGGUCUACGGCCCGCACACGGCGAUGCUGUACGCCAGCCGCGCCGCGCAGGACGGCCACAUGCGCUCGCUUGGCCACUUCUUCAACCCGUCCGACUCGCUCGAGGGCAAGCUCGGGCUCGCUGGGGGCAGCUAUGAGCUCGUCUCGGCCGUACCGCGGGUGCUGGAGUAUCUCGGCACGCCCGAUUCCGAGGGCUGGAAGGGCAAGAUUGAGCAGGAGAGGCUUCUUCAGUCGACGCUGCUCGAGUACCUUAACGGCCGCGGCGACGUGACGGUGUACGGCGAGACGGACACCGGGACGGAGCGCCGCGUGCCGACCAUCAGCUUCAGGGUGGAGGGGUGGGGGGCCAAGGAACUCGUCACGGCCGUGGAAAAGGAAACCGACUUUGGCUUCCGGUGGGGGCACUUCUACUCCUACCGCCUCGUCAAGGAAAUUCUGGGCCUCGAUCCCGCGGAUGGGAUUGUGAGGGUCAGCAUGGUGCAUUACAACAGCCUCGAUGAAAUCAAGAGCUUUGUUGCAGCCUUGGACAAGGCGUUGCAACAAAAGAAGUAA